UACAACAUCAUGAACAUGCUCUCCCUGCCACUUCUGUUCCUGCUCGCUGUUACUCUCUGCUUCACCUCAGCAGACCCCACCUAUGAGUACAGAGACCGGUUAACAGGCAGAACACGUGAGUGCAAUCAGUGCCGACCGGGCACUUAUGUUGCUGCUCACUGCACUGCCAACACCCCCACAAAGUGUGAGCCGUGCCCUAACGGCCACUACACAGCACUCUGGAACUACCUGCCCAGGUGUCUCUACUGCAACGUCUUCUGCACACAAAACCAGGAGGUGGACACGGAGUGCUCUGCAACCACGAACAGAGCCUGUCGUUGUAAAGCUGGCUUUUACAUGAUGGACGACUACUGUUUUAGACACUCGGAGUGUGGCCCUGGCUUUGGAGUUCAAACCAAAGGUACUCCAAUAAAUGACACAGUGUGCGAAAAAUGCCCCAAGGGGUAUUUUUCUGCUUCAUCUUCCAUGUUGGAUCAGUGUAAAAAACAUAAGCAUUGCCCAACUGGCUCCAGCGUGCUCCUUCGCGGCUCAGCGUUGCAUGACACAAUUUGUGGCAGCUGUGAGAGUUUGGCAAACGGAGGUGAUGACCUCAGGGCAGUCCUGUCUGCAUUAUUUAGUGGGAACAGGAUGCAAAAAAGAGAUUUAAAAAUAUUUAUUCACAGGGUCCUCCAUAAGCAGCGAGAGGAUGAUUGCCCCGGAGACUCAGCCCUGCCAAAGCAGAGAGGCCCUCUGUUGAAUCAGAUCAGAGCAUGGCUGGCCCAAGCUUCUGUAGAGCAGCUUAAAGAACUGCCAAAAACGGUCAGGGUUCUAAAAUUAACCUCCAUAGAAAUUAAACUCGAAAAAAUAAUUCUAGAAAUUAAGGAAAGAAAUCCUAGCUGCAGCCUAUGAAGUUCCUAAAAGCCCAUGAAUUUGUUUUUUUCUGAUUGUGUUUAUGCAUAUUUUAUCUGACAGAAUGCAUCUCAUUUUACACUGUGUAGCAUUACUGACAGUAAAACUGGCCACCAGUAUUACCACAUAUUCUCAGGUUUUUAAAAAGUUUUGACUUGUUUUUCUUCGUUAAUGUUUCCGUUAUUGUUUGUUAUAUGAGUGUAAUUCAAAUGUAUUCUCUUUCUUUUAUUAUAUGCCAUGAAAUAUAUCCUGCACAAAUAGAUAAUCUGUGUAUCUAGAAACAGUUUUUUAUUUUUUUUAAAGAGAUUCUUUU